CCGGUGCGAUGUCGGGCUUCAGCCCCGAGCUGAUCGAGUACUUGGAGGGGAAAAUCUCCUUCGAGGAGUUUGAGCGGCGGCGAGAGGAGCGCAAGACCCGCGAGAAGGAUGGCAAAAGCGCGUCUGCUGAGGAAAGCACCGAAGAUGUAGAGGCUCCAUCGUCAUCCAAAAAAGCAUCCAGGAAAUCCCAAAGUCAGGAUGAAGCUGAUGGAGAAACUUCAGAUGGCGUCAGUAAAUCUGUCCAUCGAGUCUUUGCGUCCAUGCUUGGGGAAAAUGAAGAGGAAGAAGAAGAGGAAGAAGAGGAGGAGGAAGAAGAGGAAGAAGAAACCACUGAGAAACCUGCAGCUGGAGAUGUUUUUGUGUUGGAGAUGGUACUUAAUCGAGAGACCAAGAAAAUGAUGAAAGAGAAAAGACCACGCAGCAAACUUCCUCGUGCUUUGAGGGGUCUGAUGGGAGAGGCCAAUAUCAGGUUUGCUCGAGGAGAACGUGAGGAGGCUAUUCUAAUGUGCAUGGAAAUCAUUCGACAAGCUCCUCUUGCUCAUGAGCCAUUUUCCACUCUUGCCAUGAUCUAUGAAGACCAGGGUGACAUGGAGAAGUCAUUACAGUUUGAACUGAUUGCAGCUCACUUAAAUCCUAGUGAUACUGAGGAAUGGGUUAGACUAGCAGAAAUGUCACUGGAACAGGACAAUAUUAAACAGGCUGUUUUUUGCUACACAAAAGCUCUGAAAUAUGACCCAACCAAUGUGCGUUACCUCUGGGAAAGAUCAAGCCUGUAUGAACACCUGGGGGAGCACAAGAUGGCUAUGGAUGGCUACCGGCGUAUUUUGAACCUCCUGUCUCCCUCUGAUGGAGAGCGCUUCAUGCAGUUGGCUAGAGACAUGGCAAAGAGUUACUAUGAAGCCAAUGAUGUGACCUCUGCUAUCGAGAUAAUAGAAGAAGCCUUUACUAAGCACCAGAGCCUUGUGGCCGUGGAAGAUGUGAACAUUGCAGCUGAACUGUACAUUUCUUCCAAACAGUACGACAAAGCACUGGCGGUUAUUACAGAUUUUACAGGAAUUGUGCUUGAAAAGAAAGUACCAGAAAAAAGUCCAACUGAGGAGAAAAAAGAUACAGGGGCAGUGGUAGAAACUCAGGAAAGUCAGGAGGCGGUGACUGAUGAGCAAAAUCACCCAGCUGCUGAAUCCAGUGCUGCAGCUGGGGAGAAGGUCAGCUGCUGCAUACCUGAGGGCGUUCCCAUAGACAUCACAGUCAAACUGAUGGUGUGCUUGGUUCACUUGAACAUCCUAGAGCCGCUUAAUCCUCUCUUGACCACUCUGGUGGAACAAAAUCCAGAAGAAAUGGGUGACUUGUAUUUGGACGUCGCAGAGGCAUUUCUGGAUGUUGGAGAAUACAACUCAGCGCUGCCUCUCUUGAGUUCUCUUGUAUGUUCAGAAAGAUACAACUUGGCCGUUGUCUGGCUUCGGCAUGCGGAGUGCUUGAAGGCUUUGGGACACAUGGAACGUGCCACAGAGAGCUAUGCCAAAGUUGUUGAUCUGGCUCCACUGCAUCUGGAUGCAAGAAUUUCCCUUUCAACACUUCAGCAGCAGCUGGGCCGACCUGAAAAAGCUCUGGAGGCUCUGGAACCAAUGUAUGAUCCAGAUACACUGGCUCAGGAUGCUAAUGCCGCCCAGCAGGAAUUAAAGCUACUCCUGCAUCGUUCCACUCUCUUGUAUUCCCAAGGCAAAAUGUAUGGUUACAUAGACACCUUACUUACCAUGCUGGCAAUGCUGUUGAAGGUAGCAAUGAGCAGAGCUCAGGUGUGUUUGAUAUCUAGUUCCAAAUCUGGAGAGAGACACCUGUAUCUUAUUAAGGUAUCAAGAGAUAAAAUUUCUGACAAUGACGACCAAGAGACAGCAAAUUGCGAUGCAAAAGCAAUUUUUGCUGUUCUCACAAGUGUUUUGACAAAAGAUGACUGGUGGAACCUCCUCCUGAAGGCUAUAUAUUCCUUAUGUGACCUGUCCCGCUACAAGGAGGCAGAGCUGCUAGUGGAUUCUUCAUUGGAAUAUUAUUCAUUUUAUGAUGACAGACAAAAGCGCAAGGAGCUGGAAUACUUUGGGCUCUCUGCUGCAAUUCUAGACAAAAACUUCAGAAAAGCAUACAACUACAUCAGGAUCAUGGUAAUGGAAAAUGUCAAUAAACCUCAGCUAUGGAACAUCUUCAACCAAGUCACUAUGCAGUCCCAGGAUGUCCGUCACCAUCGCUUUUGUCUCCGCUUGAUGCUGAAAAACCCUGAUAAUCAUGCACUGUGUGUCCUGAAUGGUCAUAAUGCCUUUGUAUCUGGCAGUUUCAAGCAUGCUCUUGGACAGUAUGUGCAAGCCUUUCGUGCAAACCCAGAUGAACCUCUGUACAAUCUUUGUAUUGGCUUGACUUUCAUCCACAUGGCUUCUCAGAAAUAUGUGUUGAAAAGGCACGCUCUUCUAGUACAGGGAUUCUCCUUCCUUCAUCGCUACUUGGACCUGCGUGGACCAUGUCAAGAGUCUUUCUACAACCUUGGUCGUGGCCUUCACCAGCUGGGAUUGCUGCACCUAGCAAUCCACUAUUACCAAAAAGUACUUGAACUUCCCCCACUCACCUUAGACGGCAUAGAAACUGAUCAGACAGACUUGAGAAGAGACACUGCCUUUAACUUGUCACUUAUUUAUCAGAGCAGUGGAAAUACCAGGUUGGCUCGGAAGAUGUUGGGUACCUAUGCAGUCGUGUGACAAGGUGUCGGAGACACGGCUUGUGCCAAGUACAGCUUGAUGGACUUUUCAUACUCAUGACACGGGAACUUUUAUCAGCUGUGGAUGGAAGCUGUUCUGAGUACAACACCAAUGUGCCUCAGUAUGGCUGUCAUUAGCUCUUCUCCAUUGAAGAUUGCUCUGUAAGCUGAUUCUCAGUCUUGUACAUAGAAUCAAAUGGUGACAACUGAAGGCCAGUGCUGUUCAUUGGGGAUUCUUUAGGGGAAAAAGUGCAAUGUGCAAUAUUACAACUACUUCCCAGUGAGGUUGUUCAAGAAGCCACAUUCACUGGGCAUGAGGGGUUUUUAAUGUGCAGCAUUAAAUUAUGAUAAUAAAGAAGA